CACACUUUCUCUUUCCUCAGGCCGGAGGGACAAGGAGCAGCCCGAGUAUCCCGGAACUUGCGCUUCGCUUUCUUCAGCGCCCUCAGGAUCUUUCCCCGAGCGGACAAAUUCAUACUACUUGAGGAUGACCUUGUGCUUUCGCCAGAUUUCUACUCGUACAUGCAGCAGAGCGGAUGGGUGCUGGACAACGACCCCUCAGUGUACUGCGUAUCUGCGUACAACCACUUCUCUUAUGACCACACCGCCCAUGACCCUAGCCGUGUCUACCGCGUGCAUAGCUUCCCUUCCUAUGGCUGGAUGGUCACCAGAGACACCCUCGCUUACAUCCUUCCCAAAUGGCUUCCCAGCAACAUAACUCACGACUGGGAUUACUUCCUUGCGACGAGCGUCAUGAGGCGAGGUCGUGAGUGCCUGGUGCCAGAGGUAAACCGUGCCUACCACGGUGGUGGCACUGGUGUACAUCUCAGCGCGUCUUGGUCUACUGAGAGAGACAAAACCUCUCAAAAAACCCUUUUUAAUAAAAAAAUCCCAAACUUUUCCCCCUCAUCCCAGUUCCCCCAAAGGUUCCGGUCCCUUUUCCCCUAA